GAGAGGCAAGUAAUGAAAAGUUUAGAUGGAAAAAGGUUUCGAGCAGAUGACAUUUUUCAAUAUUUAGAAUCACCUAUGAAAGAUAAAGGUUAUAACAAGACAUCAAAGCAAAUGCAGACUAAAUUUAGAACUCUGAGGCGUAAGUAAAAAUAUAUUUUAUGUGAAGUAAAUUAAAACGUAGUUUAUAUUCAUACUUUAUUUGAUUUAUUGAAUGAUAAUUGUAAGGAAUCCUGAGUACUUGAACAUUUUAAAUUCUACAAGUCUUGCAACAUUACGUUAAGUAACGAUUGUACUAGAAUAAGCUUUUCAUUUUCUUGUGGAUAUUUCUUUACAAUAAUAGUUUUUAAAUACUUGCAGCUUUGGCUCUCUCUGGAGCUGAACUUUUUAAAUUUAGUAAUACAUUAAUUUUAUAUUGUAACGUUAUUUAUCAUUUUCAGUUCAAUAUAACAAAAUCCGAAGACAAAUGGGAAAAAGUGGAUCUGGUAACUGCAUGUCCUCAUUUCCAUAUGCUGAAGAAAUAAGUCAACUUUUGGAUUUCCGUCCCAUUGCUCUAGGGGAUGUUGUAGACAGUACACCACUACAAGAUUUUUCUGAGAGUAAUGAUAAUAGUUAUUCAAGGAACAACAUCUAUGAAGAUGAACUAGAUCCACGAGACGGUGCAAUUCCAGGAUGUUCGUCGACAUUAGACAAUUCAUCAACUACAGGCUGUGUGUUACAAGAAGAUUUGUCAAGCGAAUCGAAUACCGUAAAUCUAAGUGCAAUUAAUAGUGCUGUUCCUAAAAGAAACGUAAAAUGAGCAGAUCAAAUGAAGCUAUUACCAUGAGGUACGCAGAUAAAUUAAAGGAAAAUUAUGAAGAAAUUCAAAACAAAAUUAUGACAGAGAAUCGAUGCUUCAUUGAAAA